AAAGGACAUGAGGAGUUUAAUUCUGAGUAGCUUUUGCCAAAUCACACUCAACAAAUGGCAAUAAAUGUUUUUAAUACACACAAGAAAUUGGAGAUGCUGAAAACUGUUUCAAAAAGAAAUGCAAACUCAUUAAGAUGUACAUGCUAAAUGUGUGCAAUUUGGUAUACCAACUGUACCUGAAUAAAACUUAAAUAAUCUGUAUGCUUACACUUAUCCAUAAAUAAAUUCAAAGUAAAACACUAUGGAAUUCACUUAUCAGAUUAAGAAAGAUGAGGAAGCCAAAAAAUACCCACACUGGCUCUGAUAUGAGGAAACAGACUUUCUCAACCACAGCAGUUGGGGCAGAAUUGAUGCAAAAUCUUUGAAGACAGUUUGGCAACAUAAGAUUGUAGCCCCUGUCAGACCAAGCAUCCCACUUCUAGGAUCUCAAAUUGUCAGAAAGAACGAGGUAAAAAAAAAAAAAAAAAAAAAAAAAAAAAAAAAAAAAAACAAAGGAGUUCCCGUCGUGGCGCAGUGGUUAACAAAUCCGACUAGGAACCAUGAGGUUGCGGGUUCGGUCCCUGCCCUUGCUCAUUGGUUUAAGGAUCCGGCAUUGCAUGAGCUGUGGUGUAGGUUGCAGACGAGGCUUGGAUCCCGCGUUGCUGUGGCUCUGGCGUAGGCCGGUGGCUACAGCUCCGAUUCGACCCCUAGCCUGGGAAACUCCAUAUGCCUCGGGAGCAGCCCAAGAGAUAGCUAAAAAGACACACACACACACACACACAAAAAAAAAACCAGAGGAUAAAACUGCAGCCUACCAGAUCCUCAGGGCAGAGCCCCCUUCCCUGCCUGCUUACAUCUCUCACAAGCAUCCUAUCCUAAUAAAUCUAUUACUUGCCUAUCAAAAGAAAGAAAGAAAAAAAAAAAAGUCAGUGGAGGGAGUUCCCAUCAUGGCUCAGCAGUAACGAACCUGGCUAGUAUCCACAAGGACUCAAGUUCAAUCCCUGGCUUUGAUCAGUGGGUUAAGGAUCCAGUGUACGUGAGCUGUGGUUUAGGCCAGCAGCUGUAGCUCCAAUUCAAGCCCUAGCCUGGGAACUUCCAUAUGCCUCAGGUGCAGCCCCAAAAAGCAAAAAAGAAAGAAAAGAAAAGAAGAAUCAUCUCCUGCCCCAUCAAGCAUACAGGAGUGGAGGGAUAGGAACUGUCACAUCUAAGCUCCUUCCUCUGGCUCAGAAAUUUAGGCAACAAGAGACAGAGAGGCCCUGCCCAGUUUGCUCCCUGAGUCAUGACCCAGAACUCUCCCUCCUGGGAAGCAUUUAUCUCCAGCCAGGAGCAGCUCUGUCAGCAGAUCCUUCAGUUUCCCAGACAGGAGGAUGGAGCUGACCUGGCCCCUCCGUGACCACUGAGUCCCCUCAUGGGAAGUUCCAAAUGAUAAUUACCAGGAUGUGGAAAGAGGUCUCUUACAUAAGGUGUCCUGUCUCCUGAGGCACCUCCCUCUCCCAUCUGGCUCCCAGUGGCAGCCUAGUCCUGGGACUUCCCAUUGUCCUCCCCCUCUACUUCCUCAGGAUGCCUUAGUCCAGCUGGGGUUGGCAGCCCCCCAGUAGAUCCCCAUUCCUCCCUCCAGAGGGGCCCAAACCCCCAACAAUCCCAGACUUUAUUUUCCUCCCCUUUCAGCAGUGAUCCUCACUACUUUUCAGCCUCCCCCAGCCCAUAACUUAGUAUCAUGAUCCUGUGCUUGAGCCAACUUUGAAUCAAACACUGAGAAAUCAGUGUUUGUUAAAAAUGCAUUUACUUUUUUCUCCUCAUUACAAAGUAACAUAUGUUCAUUGUAGAUAAUCUGGGAAAACACCAAAAGUGCCCAAAAGAGGAAUAUGAGACCCAGCAAUUCCACCAUCUAGCUGUAACCACCAUCAACAGCUGGUGUGACCUAGUUUUUUUGUUUUGUUGGUUUUGUUUUUGUUUUCUCUUUUUUGGCUUCCCCUCAGAAUAUGCAGUUCCUGCGCCAGGGAUCAGAUCCCAGCUACAGUUGCGACCUACAGCCACACCUGCCAAAAUGCCAGAUCCUUUAACCCACUGUGCCAGGCCCGGGAUCAAACCUGAGUCCUGGCGUGGCAGAGACACCGUGGAUCCCGUUGCACCAGAGUGGGAACUCCGUGACCUAGUAUUCCUAUGUGAAUCCAAAGAUGUGCUCCUUCCAAAUUUCCCUCAGGCUCAUCCUUGACCUUCCCAUCUCUCCUCUUGUUCCAUCUGUUCUUCUGCAAGAGGACGUCAGGGGCUGGGCCAAGACCAAUCCUUCCUGCAAUCCUAGGGUGGGAAUUGCUAUCCCCUUUCAUAGAUGAGGAAAAUGAGAAUCAGAGAAGGAAAGUGCUGAGAUGACACAGCUUAAUAAUAACGCGUAAGUUGGGGUUUUCAGAGGGAUUCUGCAGGGAGUAGAGGAAUAACACGUCAAAGUUCUGAGGCAGGAAGGGCCUGGGACUCUAGCGUUUGAGGUGCGACUUAUGGAAGUUCCUAAGCUAAGGGUCAAAUUGGAGCUACAGCGCCGGCCACAGUCUCAACAACACCAUUCCCUAGCCAUGCCUGAGACCUACACUACCGUUCAUGGCAACACCUGUAUCUUUAACCCACUGAUCAGGGCCAGGGAUCAAACCCGCGUCCGCAUGGAUACUAACUAGUCGGUUAAUAUCGUUACCGCUGAACCACAACGGGAACACCAAGGUGGAAUUUCUUAGACUUAUUCUUUAAGGCAGCGCAGCACAGACAAGGUUACCAAGCAUCUGCCCUUUCCCCAGGAUGGAAUCUCAUGUCUUUCACCUAAACUCAUCCCAAUUUGAGAAAGUGUACCGGUUGAAUCAGAAGUGGAGGCCCCUUUUCAGAGUGAAUCCUUUUAUGCUUUCCAAACUAGGAGAAUACUGUCAGCUGAGAAAGUACAGUUCAACGGUUAGGUCUGUCUACUGGCAGGCUGGAUCUAGGGAGGGGUGUUCCGUGUCACACCAGCCCUGGAUCCGAAAGGCAAGGUUAGGAUCUGGUACAAGGUGCCCCCUGCAGGGCGUGAGAAACAGCCCUGGGAGAUUUUGCGCUUGUGCAGCUUCCAGCUUCCUUGUCAGUGUUGCAGGUUGGCGUGCAAUGGGAACUUCAUUCUGGUAAAUACUAGUAUUCAGGCCAGGAUCAGGAGGCUCCUUCGCUUGCUGGCUUUAGUUUGCACCCCAGAUGUCCCUGGCGAGAUAGCCAGAGGGGAGGGCUGAGCAAAACGUUUCCAAACCCUGAAUGAAGGCAGGAGGGCGGACCGGAUGCCUCAGAACUCGACCUAAGCUCCCCGUAGCCCUGAAGCUGCAGUUAGAGGCUUCAUCGGGUUCAAGAACAGGAGGUCAUCCCCCCUUCCCAGGACGUCCCUCAGGAGCCCCUGGCCUCCCCAGCAGAUGCCACACCUGACGGCGUUUCGGCACAGUGAAGGGCUUUCAACCAACGGCAUCCAAUCGGCUGGGCGCCAGUCCAUGACCUCUGACUCUCCAUGUUCCUUCUCCGCACGGGCUGCGACCUUCACUUGGCCCCGUGCACCGUCUGCAGGUGUCCUCCUGCCCAGGCUUGGGACCACAAAUCCGCUCCUGGGAACCGACUUCCCGCCCAGGAGGCGGCGAACUCUGCGGAGUGUUGACAGGCACUGGGAGGAGCCAGGGCCAGGGCUUCCGGCCGAGCACUUCCGCUUCCGGUUCUUAGCGUCGACUCUGUCCCAGGCUCUACCUUCCAGCGAAGAGGUUGUGGCGUCUGCUGGUUCCAGGCGUUUCUUGCUCCAGACAGGAUGAUCGAGGUUGUUUGCAACGACCGUCUGGGGAAGAAGGUCCGCGUUAAAUGCAAUACGGAUGACACCAUCGGGGACCUUAAGAAGCUGAUCGCAGCCCAAACUGGCACCCGUUGGAACAAGAUCGUAUUGAAGAAGUGGUACACGAUUUUUAAGGACCACGUGUCUCUGGGGGACUAUGAAAUCCAUGAUGGGAUGAACCUGGAGCUUUAUUACCAAUAAAGCAGAAUUCCUUCCCCCCCUACCUUGCCCUUCUCUCUUCUCCUACCCUCACCCCCCACAAUAGUGUGGCUGCUUGUUUUUGAAAACUCAUGUUAAUAAAAACUUAGAGGCUA